UCCGCGCCACCUCCUCGCGGAAGCCCGGGCUCUUUUGCAUGAGCACCGGAGGAUCGUGCCUGAAUUCGGCUGUAACCCGGGACGCGGGAGCCGGUGCGCGAGCUGUAGAGCCGGGCGGGACCCCGCAGCAGCGGCGGCGGCGGCCAGGGGCGCACGGUGCCGGGACCAGCUCGCCGCGCCCCAUGGGGAACCGGCGGCCGCAGCGAGGCUGAAGCAGGCCCGGCUGGCCAGGCGGGGGGCCGGGGGGGCCCGGGCUGCAGCAGCCCCCUCUGCGGCUGCCGGGCCGGCCCCGGAGCCCGGGGGUUGGGGGGUGGGGGGUGGGGAAGGGCGGCGAUCGCCGAAGCCGGGGCCCACGCGGAGAGCGCGGCGGGGCUGCGCGCACGCUGGGGCGCGUGGAGGGGCGCGGAGGGCGACAUGAGUCUAGUGGGGGGCUUUCCCCACCACCCGGUGGUGCACCAUGAGGGCUAUCCGUUCGCCGCCGCUGCCGCCGCCGCCGCCGCCGCCGCUGCCAGCCGCUGCAGCCACGAGGAGAACCCCUACUUCCACGGCUGGCUCAUCGGCCACCCGGAGAUGUCGCCCCCCGACUACAGCAUGGCCCUGUCCUACAGCCCCGAGUAUGCCAGCGGCGCCGCUGGCCUGGACCACUCCCAUUAUGGGGGAGUGCCGCCCGGCGCGGGGCCCCCGGGCCUGGGGGGGCCGCGCCCGGUGAAGCGCCGCGGGACCGCCAACCGCAAGGAGCGGCGCAGGACUCAGAGCAUCAACAGCGCCUUCGCCGAGCUGCGUGAGUGCAUCCCCAACGUCCCCGCCGACACCAAGCUCUCCAAGAUCAAGACGCUGCGCCUGGCCACCAGCUACAUCGCCUACCUCAUGGACCUGCUGGCCAAGGAUGACCAGAACGGCGAGGCGGAGGCCUUCAAGGCGGAGAUCAAGAAGACAGACGUGAAAGAGGAGAAGAGGAAGAAGGAGUUGAAUGAAAUCUUGAAAAGCACAGUGAGUACCAACGACAAGAAAACCAAAGGGCGGACGGGCUGGCCACAGCAUGUCUGGGCUCUGGAGCUCAAGCAGUGAAGAUUUGGGGAAAAGAAGAGAGAGAAUGAGCGAGCCUGGGCCACAGCGCCAGAUGAAGACCCAGAACUCUUGGCAAACCCUCAGGCUCUGCUGGAGGACUUCUUGCAGUUGGCUCAUCCCGUUUAUUUAUGUGCAAUUUCCUUCCCCAUCUCUUUGACCCCCCCCCCACCUUGAGGUAUCCGCUCCCGGCUCCCCCUCCAAAAAAAGUGGAUAUUUGAAGAAAAGCAUUCCAUAUUUUAAUAUGAAGAGGACACUACCGCGUGGGUAAGGAAUCCCAUCGACUAGUAGAUUCUGUGUGCGUGAAUGUUGCCUCUUGGCUGUGUAGACACCAGCGUUACCUUCACUCCUUACCCAGCUCCUUCUAGAUAAAGGCAGUGGACACUAGUGUAUAUGUGAAAUGUAUCUUUAAAACUUGGCCUUUGGGUAUAAAUAUUCCUGGCAAUUAUAAAGUUUUAUUUCAAAGCAGAAAACCGGGCCGCUAGCAUUUCAGCUGGGGGUUGAUAUCUAGUGCUGUCUUUUCCUAUGUGGUGGUUCUUUAUUCGAAAAUGUUUCCAACAGUACUUGUUUUGUGCACUUCCGUCCUCUGAAACUAAGUGGAAUUUAAUUAAUAUUGAAGAUGUAAACGUUGUAAGUAUUCAAUAAACCACUGUGUGUUCUUUUUUUUUUUUUUACAAAAACCCUAAUCUUUUAAUGGUUGAUACCUCAAAAGUUUUGAAAACAAAGCUGUUAUACUUGUUUUCAUAAUAUUUAAAAUAUUCAGAAGUAAACUAAAUUAUCAGAAUUGCUUGUUAACUUUAUU